ACAUUAAGAAAUUCGAUUUUUGAUUAAAAACCUCAUGAUAGUCCUCAAUUAAGUAUAAAAGACUAUUCUACUCCUCCAAAAUUACAAAGAACUAUUGAGACAUGUAAGAACUUGAUCACUAAGACCAAGAAAAUAUAAAAACCUGUUAAAGACUAAAACUCUUAUAUAUUCGACCCUUCUAAAGUUACAAAACCUUUAACAAAGUAAUAAACUGCUUAAAAAGAGUUAAAAGAAGAUAUUGAAGAGCGUUAAUCUGAGAAAAAGAAAGGGUAAUAACUUUAAAUAGAAAGGAGUUUUGGGAUAGUAAAGGAUUCUGAAAAGUUCUAAAAUAUAAGAAAUAUAUCAAAAAGAAGCAACUAAGAGAGCUAGAAAUCAAAUGAAAACAGCAAUAAUGAAAGUAAGCUUAUCGAAAAGAAAACUGAGUUUGAAAAGGAUGAUCGAAAAAAUGAAGAAAUGCUUAUUGAAGAAAAGGAAAAAAGCGAACUUUUUUAAAGGAAGAAAAGUGCUCGAAUAGAGAAGAGAAUGAAGAGAAAUGAAGAAAAUUCAAAAAAUACAUAAAACAUAGAAAAUAGUGAAAGUUCAACACAUCAAAUAGGAAGUCCUGAGAAGAAAAUUGAAAUAGAAAAAAAACAUUUAGAAGAAGACAACUAUCAUAAACUCAUAUAUACAUCUCCAACCAAUUAAUAAAACUAGAGAUCAUAGUUUGAAAUAAAUAAUAAUAAUAAUGAGUUGUCACUUUAAUAAGAAAGUGUUCCUCAUUUAUAUAUACGAAAUUAAAAUUUUGCUACCAAAGUAGGAUCUUAAUACUAAGCCAAUAUUCCUGAAUUAGGGAGUUAUAAUCAUGACAUUUCAUAAUUAAUGCUUAAAUAAAAGAUUUGGUAAGCUAAUUGGGUAAAGGGAAGGAAUUAAUUAGUUUAAAAAUCAACAUAAUUACUUAAAUAAUGGUAUGGACAUAGAAGAAACCAAUAAGAGAGUAUUUAAUAGCUUGUUUUAUGCAAAUUUGAUUUGAAGAUUUACGAAAAAGUUUUAGAAGAAAAUAAAGAAAUGAUGUAUAAGUAUUAUGAAUAUAAAGAUUAAAAAUUAGUAAAGAAAAAAAUUAAAAAGAAAUCACUU